UGUUUGAUCCUGACUUCUCUGCCCCUCCUCUUGUUCAAAUGUUCAGCUGAUAAGACAGACUGAAACCCGUAGCCCUUCUGCACAUGCUCAGUUUAGUGUGUAUUGCUAGAGAGAGUGUCUGUACAGUGCUGAUUGGCCCUGUGCUGAUCACAUGCAGAGGUCAGGGGUUUUGCAUCCUCCUAGAGCAGAAAGAAAACUCCUCCUACAAGCUUUAACAUGUGCUCUGCUGGACACUGAUAGAAGUCACAAGUCUGCUUUAACUGCUGAUGAGAAAAGGUAUUUAGCUGUUUAUAAUUACUAA